AUGGAAUACAGAUUAUUAGGUAACACAGGUUUAAAGGUAUCAGUCAUAAGUUUUGGUAAUUGGCUUAACAGUGAUCUUCCUGAUUGGCAAGAUAGAACUAAUUUACAUGUAAAAAAAGCUUGGGAUUUAGGUAUUAAUUUCUUUGACACUGCUGAGCUUUAUGGCUACGGAGAAGGUGAAAAAUAAUUUGGUGUUGCACUUAAAGCACUUAAUGUUCCUAGAGAAGAUUUAGUCAUCUCUACAAAGAUAUACUGGGGAACUAGUGACCUUAAAAAGGUUAAUGCCUUAGGUUUGAAUAGAAAACAUAUUAAAGAAGGUGUUAAAAACUCUCUCAAGAGACUCCAAUUAGACUAUGUUGAUAUCGUCUUCUGCCACAGAUAUGAUCAUGAAACUCCUCUUGAAGAAGUUGCCCGUGCCUUUACUGAAUUAAUUUAAGAAGGUUACAUCCACUAUUGGGGUACUUCUGAAUGGACUGCUGCCUAAAUCUACGAAGCAAGAGAAGUUUGUGCUGAAAAGAACUUAAUAAAACCAUCUGCAGAAUAACCUCAAUACAACAUGUUUGUAAGAGAUAGAUUUGAAGCUGAUUAUGCAACUCUCUUCGAUAAAACUAGAAUGGGUAGUACUGUUUGGAGCCCUCUUUCCGGAGGUAUUCUUACUGGUAAAUAUAAUAUUGGAGGUAUUCCUUCAGGUGCCAGAUGGGAAACUUUUUCAGAAAACGCUUUCCUUAAAGGUAUUUGGAACAACUAUUUUGCUCCUGAAAAAAAAGACAAACUAAUUAAGAUUUUGACUAGUCUUGAAGCUCUCGCUAAAGAAUUGGGCAUGAGCUAAGCUUAAUUAGCAAUGAGUUGGGUUAUUGCUAAUAAGGAUGUUUCCACUGCUAUUACUGGUUGUUCUAGACCAGAAUAAUUAGAAGAAACAGUUAAAUGUGUUGAACUAUACAAGAAAAUUACUCCUGAAGUAAUCAAAAAAAUUGACGAAAUUCUUGGUAACACCCCAGACCAAGGCGUUAACUUUAAGACUUUCGCUCCAUUCCCUCCCAGAAGAUGA